AUGUGGCUCAACAGGUUGUAUCCCCCACGCAUCCCCCUCCCGCUACACUAUCCCGUUCGUUUCCACCGUCUCGCCACCACAGAAUCCACCCCCCUCCAAAUCAUCCCCCAUGACACAGACCUCUCGCUGUUAGAACAACAAGACGCCCUUGUUAAAAAACGCCAUCUGCUUUCCAAAAACGCAACCCCUCUUCGUAAACAUAAACCAAUCUCGCCAGGUCUCCGUUGGGUCCGCACCCCUAUCCAUCCUCAUCUCUUCAAGGGCCCCCCCAUCAGAUCCCUCACCAUCCACAAACAUAAAAACGGUGGUCGUAACAAUACUGGCCGCAUCACUGUCCGUCAUCAAGGUGGUGGUCAUAAACGUCGUCUGCGUCUCUUGGAUUUCCAUCGUAACCAAGAUGGACCCUGCACUGUCUUACGUAUCGAAUACGAUCCUGGAAGAACAUCCCAUAUCGCCUUGUUGAAACAUAACACAACUGGUAAACUCUCCUAUAUCACCGCCUGUGAUGGGCUUAGGGCAAACGAUAUCGUUCAAUCCUUCCGCAACUCCCCACCACUCGAUACAGCAGCCAUCCAGCGUGGCAAUUGUUUACGUCUAAGAGAUAUCCCCAUCGGCACCAUCCUUCAUAACAUCGCUCUUGUGCCCCAUGGCCCGGGCAAGUUGUGUCGUGCUGCUGGGACUUAUGGUCGUCUCUUGGAUAAACUGCCUGAAAAACGUCGUGCUGUCGUACGUUUGCAAAGUGGUGAACAUCGUUAUGUUGCUUUGGAUUCCAUCGCAACCAUCGGUAUCGUCUCCAACGUCGAUCAUCAGAACGAAUCCUGGGGGAAAGCAGGUAGAGCUCGUUGGAGAGGUAUCCGUCCCACGGUUCGAGGGGUUGCCAUGAAUAAAUGUGACCAUCCUCAUGGUGGUGGUCGUGGGAAAUCAAAAUCAAAUAGAUUAUCCGUCUCCCCCUGGGGUAUUCUUGCAAAGGGUUACAAGACUCGUCGUGGUAAAAAUGUAAAUAAAAUGAAAAUUAAAGAUAGACCAAGAGGCAAGCGUGGUUAA